UGAGGAACGGAGGGGGCUGGAAGAGAGUAAAGGGCUGUUGUUAAACAGUUUCUUACCGUAAGAGGGAGUUCAGACCUAGAUCUUUCCAGUUAAUCACACAACAAACUUAGCUCAUCGCAAUAAAAAGCAGCCCUGAGCCGACUAGCUCUUUUAGGCACUGACUCCGAACAGGAUUCUUUCACCCGGGCAUCUCCUCCAGUGGGGUCCGCCAGCUCGUCCCGCAGCACCAUGUGGGUGACCAAACUUCUGCCAGUCCUGCUGCUGCAGCAUGUCCUCCUUCAUCUCCUUCUGCUCCCCAUCGCCAUCCCCUAUGCAGAGGGACAAAAGAAAAGAAGAAAUACACUUCAUGAAUUCAAAAAGUCAGCCAAGACUACUCUAAUCAAAGAAGACCCAUUACUUAAGAUUAAAACCAAAAAAAUGAAUGCUGCAGACCAGUGUGCCAACAGAUGUAUAAGGAAUAAAGGACUUCCAUUCACCUGCAAGGCCUUUGUUUUUGAUAAAGCAAGAAAACGAUGCCUCUGGUUCCCUUUCAAUAGCAUGUCAAGUGGAGUGAAAAAAGGGUUCGGCCAUGAAUUUGACCUCUACGAAAACAAAGACUACAUUAGAAAUUGCAUCAUAGGUAAAGGAGGCAGCUACAAGGGAACAGUGUCUAUCACAAAGAGUGGCAUCAAGUGCCAGCCCUGGAAUUCCAUGAUACCACACGAACACAGCUAUCGGGGUAAAGACCUGCAAGAAAACUACUGUCGAAAUCCUCGAGGGGAAGAAGGGGGACCAUGGUGUUUCACAAGCAAUCCAGAGGUACGCUACGAAGUCUGUGACAUUCCCCAGUGUUCAGAAGGUAAAUGAACCUGAAUGCCAUGUGGUGCACCCUAUUCCCCUGUGUGUAGAACUGUAACUCACAUUAAAGGUUAACAGAAAUGAAUCAAUUGCAAUAAAUAUGUUGUUCAUUGAAAUGAAGCCAUAGAUA